AUGUCUGAGAAAGCGGCCGAGCCGCAGAGGUCCACUAUGGACGUGGAGUCAGGAAGAGAAGGCAUUACACAUUGGCAGAUGAUCCUCGACCAGGGUGUCGUCACCAAUGAUAUCGUGAACUGGGAAUAUGAGGGUUCUGGGACAGAGGAGGAUCCCUAUGCUGUCGAAUGGUUACCGAACGACCCUAGGAAUCCCAUGACAUUCCCGAAGACCAAGAAGUGGCUCAUGGCUCUCGCCGUCGCCAACUCAGUACUGGUCGUGUCAUUCUGCUCGUCGGCAUUCUCUGGAGGUAUUCAGCAGAUCAUGAUAGAGUUUAGCGUCAGCCAGGAGAUUGUCACGCUUGGUGUGUCGCUCUUCGUCUUGGGAUUCGCCCUUGGACCUCUGCUUUGGGCUCCCUUCUCCGAGAUGUACGGACGACAGAUUGUCUUCGCCGGUACCUACCUUUGCUUCAUGGCCUUCAACGCCGCGGUUGCUGGUAGUCAAAACAUCUACUCCGUUCUGAUUCUCCGGUUCUUCGCGGCUGCCUUUGGCUCCAGUCCUCUUACCAACGCCGGAGGUGUCAUCGCUGAUUUGUUCACUGCGAACGAGCGUGGUCUGGCCAUGAGUCUCUUCUCGGCGGCGCCUUUCAUGGGUCCCGUUCUUGGUCCUAUCAUCGGCGGUUUCCUGGGUAUGACUGAGGGAUGGCGCUGGGUCAACGGCCUGAUGGCUAUCUGGGCUGGUGUUCUCCUCAUCGUCACCGCCUGCAUCGUACCGGAGACCUAUCCCCCCGUCCUGCUCCGCAAGCGCGCCGAGAAGCUUUCCAAGAUCACCGGAAAGGUCUACAGGUCCCGCACCGACAUUGACCAGGGCAAGAUUUCUCUCAGCGAAGCGUUCGCUACUGGCCUCAAGCGUCCCUGGAUCCUCCUGUUCUGCGAGCCGAUCGUCCUGCUCCUGUCGCUGUACCACGCCAUCAUUUACGGUAUCCUCUACAUGCUGUUCGGUGCUUUCCCUAUCGUCUACCGUGUGGGCCGUGGCUGGAACGAGGGCGUCAGCGGCCUUCCCUUCGUCGCAGUGGCCAUUGGUGUCAUCUCUGCCAUCAUGUAUGUCAUUCUUGUUGACAACAAGCAAUACAUGAAGAAGGUUCAGGCAUCCGGCAAAGGAUACACUACCCCUGAGGCACGCCUGCCCAUGUGUCUGGUUGGCGGUGUUGUUCUGCCCAUUGGUCUCUUCUGGUUCGCAUGGACCAAUUCGCCCGACCUCCCCUGGGCUGCCAGCGUUUGCGCCGCCAUUCCCUUCGGCUUCGGCAUGGUGCUCAUCUUCCUUUCCAUCAUGAACUACCUCAUCGAUUCCUACACCAUCUUCGCCGCCUCUGUCUUGGCUGGUAACGGCAUCAUUCGAUCCGUCUUUGGCGCCGCCUUCCCCCUGUUCACCAAGCAGAUGUACGACGGCAUUGGCAUCCAUUGGGCAUCCUCGGUCCCCGCUUUCCUCGCUGUCGCUUGCAUCCCGCUGCCAUUCCUGUUCUAUAAGUACGGAGCGUCGAUUCGUCAGAAGUGCAAGUACGCCGCACAGUCCGAGGCUUUUAUGGAGAAGAUGCGUGGCCAAGCGGCUGCUCGGGCCCAGGUCGCCGCUGCUGGAGGUGAAUCUCAAGACACCUCUCGUGCCGCCACUAUCGCUGUUGAGGAGGAAGAGGAGGCCGAGCACAACGCUUCGCCUCAAUUUGCCGAGAUGAAGACGGAGAAAGAGACCGAUAACCCUCUCAAGAAGGUCGCGACAGGGCGAUCAACACGAAGCCGCAAGUCGAUCAACCCCGCUGAGGAUUACUAUGACAACCCGUACGAGAUCGACCGUGUCCACACACGAGAGAGCUUUGUGGGCCGUGGGAGGUCCAACAGCACCAAAAGCAAGAAGUCGAUGAAGUAG